UCUAUCCCUAGCGCCGCCUUUACAGGCACCUGCACGCCAUCUGCUCUCAAUGAGAAUACACGACUAGCCAAUCCCCCAUCGCGACCUUGCCCCCUCCGCCCUUGGUUGAGCUAUCAGGCGAAAUCCUGACCUCAUCGACGACUAUGUGGCGAUGGUGGUUAGCGACGGUCUUGACUCUGUGGAGUUGGUGGUCAAGGGUGGUGUUGGCCGUGUGGCUAUUGUGGCGACGGCGCCGUUUCCGCCGUCUAAACGGUCAAGAGAUGGGUACCACGUCCGCUGCUCGUACCGGCAUGCUGGUCGACGUGAAAAUACAAGCCGGCUACGCUGAUCUUGAGUCUCUGCGAAAUGCUGGGAAUAGAAAUGCAUCCCCUGCGAAAGGCCGAAAGAGGAAAUUCGGUGUUGAUGCAACCAAAGGUGAAUCCGCAGGUGUUAAUGCAAGUAACACCGGGGAGCACCUGCGUUCCUGCAGAAAAGGCAAGGGUCAGGGGAAACAUGCCAGGUUGGUAGACAAAGAAGGUGCUACUGGGUUGGGGAGAGUUCAAACACCAACCGGUGUAUAUGAAGAUGAGUGUGCUUUCUGCCAUUCAUUUAGAACCAGUGAGCCGUUGCAUGGUCCGAUGGUACUGUAUCACAAUGGAAGGAUUGUGUCCGCUGACGACGGCCACCCUACUAACGCCAUAUAUGUCCACCACAAAUGCAUGGUUUGGGCCCCAAAAGUAAAAUCCAAUGGGGAUACUUUCGAGAACGUGGAGGAUGAAAUCAAGCGUGGUUCAGGAUGGGAUUGCAGCAGAUGCCAGCUCAAGGGAGCAGCACUUGGUUGUUAUGUCAGGGGGUGCCCCAAUACUUAUCAUGCCCCAUGUGCAUUGCUGAUACCAGAAUGUCGCUGGGAUGAAGAGAAUCGCUAUGUUUGGUGUCCCAAGCAUGCACCACCUGAUGAGAUGAGCCCGCCAACAAAUGAGAGCGCCAUUCUUUCCCCCGUCCUUCAAAACCAAAGUCUAGCUAAAGAAAUUUCCGCCGAUUGCCAAAUGGAAGAUAACCAAAUUGAUGCAUUACUGGGCAAUGAGAUGAGCUCACCAAUAAUUGAAAGUGACAUUCCUUCCCCUGUCCUUCAGAAUCAUUCCAGCAAUUGUCCAGCUAAAGAAAUUUCCAUCAAUCGCCGAAUGGAAGAUAAGCAAAUUAAUCCAUUGCUGGGCAAUGAGAUGUGCUCACCAAUAGUUGAAAGUAACAUUCCUACCGCUGUCCUUCAGAAUCAUUCCAGCAACCGUCCAGCUAAAGAAAUUUCUGCCGAUUGCCAAAUGGAAGAUAAACAAUUUAAUCCACUCAUCACAUCAAAUUCUCCUUUGCCUGGACAAGUGCAUAGACAAUUAGCUAAAGAAGGAAUAUCCGCCCUUCAUAGAGGGCAAAAUCUACAAAUAGAUCAGCCGAACACCUCGAGUUCUUCCUUGCCUCAGGGCCAAUGUUCAGACAAAGAAGGAAUUUCUACUAAUUACCAGAGAGAAGAAAAGCUAGUAAACCAGUCGAGCAUCCCUGUGGAUCAGUGGGUUUUGCUCGGCGUAGCUUUAAGUGCAUCAGAAAAGGAUGCCUUGAAGGAAUUUGCAUCCUUGACCAGUUCGAUCUUGGCUGAGGAAUGGGACAAAACCGUGACUCAUGUUAUUGUGGGCAGAGAUGCUGGUUCCGCAUGUGGCAGAUCACAUGAGGUCCUGCUGGCGAUACUGUCUGGGAAAUGGGUUCUCGCAGCCGGAUGGGUUGUGGAUUGCUUGGUGAAAAGGAUUCCAGGUCCAAAGCCUUGCUUGGCAAAGCUGAUUCCAAGCCCGGAAAUUUCUUAUGAGGUGAAAUUCUUUGAUGGUUUGCGCACAUCAAUUGAUGGACCAACGAAAGGAAGAGCUAGAGCUGCUGAAGGGGCACGAAAACUGUUCUCAGGACUGCGUUUCUGCCUCAGCGCCUUCAUGCACCCAGAAGACAGAAAGAACAUACAGAAUCUCAUAGCAGCUGGUGAAGGGCAAGUACUGGAGGGAAUGAGCCCAGACUGGUUACGUGAGAAUCUGAACAGAAAUCCAGCAGAGGUGUACUUCAUCUACGACGGCGGCCCUCCAAGGAAGCCCACUUUGGAUUUUGAUCUUGAGGUGCAGGAGACCGUCGAGUAUGUGGAAUCGGGAGCGCAGGUGAUUAGACACCAGCAGCUGUUCGAUGCUAUCCUGUCCUACGAUCGACGGAUCCUAGAACCUAUCAGUUUCUUCACCAAGAUACGUAAGUGAGGGGCGCGCUUUGGGUGAUGGCUUUUUGCUCGCGGUACGACAAUUCUUUUGGUUUAGCCCCCCACACGAGGUGUGAGGGGGGCUGUUUAAAGUUGACACAUCACAUACUCUACUCACCCAUUAGGCUAUAGGGUGAUGUCUUUGUUGUUGUUGUUUUGGUGUCAGUUUACUCACCUCUUCUAGUGCUUGUGCCAAACGGUUGUUUCGUGAUACUGAAGGCGUCAAUUUCCAUGUGCUAAGACGCUUGCUUGUUUA